AUUCAAAGCGGUGGACAUUGGACACAACACAAAAGACUUGGAUCAACUAGACACCAAAACGACCAUCAGGAGAAUCAGAGUGAAUGAGAGGACCCUCUUAGAAAAUAAAAAAGAGUAAAAGGGUUUUUUUUUUCAGUUUCUCUUUUAUCAUCAUCAUUAUAUCCAUUUAAAGUUGCCUCCUUUACCUCUCUUCUGAGCAAUCACAAGACUUGUGGUUGAUCUUCUGAGAUGGACGGCGACGAGCUCCCUUUCGAGAUGGGUAUUGCCGUUUACGCCAAGGGAACGAAUAAGUUGGAAUUUGACCCGGUUUUGCUGGAUUCUGGUUACGACCCUAUCUGGGAUGCUAUUAGAGAAGAAGCUAAGCUUGAGGCAGAGAAGGAGCCUAUUUUGAGCAGCUUCUUGUAUGCUGGCAUCUUAGCACAUGAGUGUUUAGAGCAAGCUUUAGGGUUCGUCUUAGCCAACCGUCUCCAAAACCCAACCUUGUUGGCAACUCAACUCUUGGAUAUAUUUAAUGGUGUCAUGAUGCAUGACAAAGGCAUUCAGAGAUCGAUUCGCCAUGACAUUCAGGCAUUUAAAGACCGGGACCCUGCUUGUCUGUCGUAUAGCUCUGCUAUUUUACAUUUGAAGGGCUAUCAUGCGUUGCAAGCAUACAGGGUUGCACAUAAGUUGUGGAACCAAGGCCGGACACUAUUAGCUCUUGCAUUACAAAGCCGAAUAAGCGAGGUUUUUGGAAUUGACAUACAUCCAGCGGCAAAAAUUGGGGAGGGAAUAUUGUUGGAUCAUGGAACAGGAGUGGUCAUAGGUGAGACCGCUGUGAUAGGCAACCGUGUCUCCAUCUUGCAUGGUGUGACUUUAGGAGGAACCGGGAAGGAAACGGGAGAUCGUCACCCAAAAAUAGGUGAAGGUGCAUUGCUUGGAGCCUGUGUGACUGUACUUGGAAACAUAAGCAUAGGUGUUGGGGCAAUGGUAGCUGCAGGUUCACUUGUGUUAAAGGACGUUCCGCCUCAUAGUGUGGUGGCUGGAAACCCUGCUAAACUGAUAAGGGUCAUUGAUGAGCAAGACCCGUCUCUGGCAAUGAAACAUGAUGCUACUAAAGAGUUCUUUCGACAUGUUGCUGAUGGUUACAAAGCGGCAAUAUCCAACGGAGCAGUUUCAUCAGGAGAUGCAGAGAACGGACACACUAACAGCACAACAUGAGAUAUACUUGUUUGCCUUUGCUUAUCAACAAAGGGUUAUAAUAUCUCUCAGCGUUUUCUCAAUAAGUUGUUUUAUUAAAUGAUUUUGAUUUCUAAAAGUUCAGUCUCAAACAAACUGAGACUAUCAUCCAUCCAAUCAACAUAGUAUAAA